AUGGACAUCACUACCGCUAGCACCACAAAUUCAGUGAUUAGUUCUCUACAACAAAAGACACCAACGAAAAUAACCAAAUCCAAAAACAAAAACAACAAACCCAUCAAGGUAGUUUAUAUUUCCAACCCUAUGAAGGUUAACACCAGUGCCUCUGAAUUUAUGGCACUAGUCCAAGAACUCACUGGUCAGUACGCUGAAUGGCCGCCGGAUCCUUCCAAAUUUCAAGAGUUCGUCGGCGAUAACAGCGUUGCUGACUCUGAGAAUAUUAGAAUGGGUUGUGAUGAAAAUGAUCACACGGUUUUGGCUGUGCCUCCUCUUGUGGAUUGUAAUGAACAAGUGGUGAAUUCUGGUGGAGGAUGCUCAUAUGAGGGUUUUGAUGAAGAUGUAUUUUUUACUCCUCAGAUGGUGGAGAAUAUUUGGGAUAUGCUUCCAACAGCUGCGUUUUAUGAACCGUUUCAAUUUGAUAGCUAUUGA